UAUGCAUAUAUUGACAUCAUUUUAUUUGUGUAUUUGUGUGAAAUAGAAGCCCUAACAUGGCAGCUCGAUCGAAAACAAUUCAAUAAAAAUAACUACAUUAAUAUGAUAAAUUGAUAACGCAAGUAUUUAUUGGAUUAACAUAAAGUGUCAUUUAAUUUUAACAAUAAUAAUUAAUAAAGGGAAUUAUUUGUACGGUGGAUAUUACAUACGUAUUACAUACACAAUAUUUUUAUUUAAAAACUACAGUAUAGUAUCUUACUAAACUAUUGUUUUUUUUGUGUGCUAGUAGACCAGUGUUUUUUUUCUCUCUCAUUCUUCCAGUGGAAUUCAAACUUUUGUAACGGUCGCCAAGUGUCAUCAAGUAUUUUAUCAAAAAUAAAUAAAAAUAUUUACUCCAAAAUAACAAUUUAUUCAACAAAUUAUAUAGAUUAUAAUAAAGAGUAAAUUGAUAGUCAAUAAUGGAAGAUCCAAAUGAAAUGCUUGUUUGUGCAACGGAAUUUAUAAAAGAUCGUUUUUACUUGGUGACAUUGCAGACAGAUAUCAAGCCAAAAAGUACACUUGAUACUCAUUAUUUUACAAUUGAUGAUGAGUUAAUAUAUGAAAAUUUUUAUGCUGAUUUUGGACCACUUAAUUUGUCAAUGUUAUACAGAUAUUGUGAUAAAAUCAAUAAAAAAUUAAAAUCCAUUGCAUUGAGUAAAAAAAAAAUUUUACAUUAUACAACAUUGGAUCCAGAAAAAAGAGUAAAUGCUGCAUUUUUAGCUGCAAGUUAUGCUAUAUUAUACUUGGGUAAAACAGCAAAUGAAGCAUAUGAUAUGCUUGAUAAAAGUCCACACAGCCCACCUUAUGUUAUGUUUCGUGAUGCAUCAUUUGGUACUCCAUGUUUUCAAAUAUCAUUGAGUGAAUGUCUCAGUGCAAUUGAUAAAUGUUAUCAUCUUGGUUUUUUUAAUUUUGAUGAUUUUAAUCAAAAAGAAUAUGAACAUUUUGAAAGAGUACAAAAUGGUGAUCUUAAUUGGAUUGUUCCUGGUAAAUUUAUAGCAUUUUGUGGUCCACAUGCUAAAUUAAAUAAUGAAAAUGGAUAUCCAUUACAUGCACCAGAAUCAUAUUUUACAUAUUUUAAAAGAAAUAAUGUAACAACAAUUGUUAGAUUAAAUAAAAAAAUAUACGAAGCAAUGAGAUUUAUUGAAGCUGGCUUUGAUCAUAAAGAUUUAUUUUUUGCUGAUGGUUCAAUACCAACAGAUUCAAUUGUUCGUAAAUUUUUAAAAAUAUCUGAAAAUACAAGUGGUGCUAUUGCUGUACAUUGUAAAGCUGGUCUUGGAAGAACUGGUUCAUUAAUUGGUUGUUAUAUUAUGAAACAUUAUCAUUUAACAGCACAUGAAACAAUAGCAUGGAUUAGAAUAUGUAGACCAGGUUCUGUUAUUGGACAUCAACAAAGAUGGCUUGAAGAUAAAGAAGAAUAUUUACAUACAUUAAUUGAUGUACCAUUAAAAAAUAUUAAUGGUAAACCACCACAUCAAUAUGGCAUAUAUACAAAAGCUGGAAGAACAAAUGAUGGUUAUUUAACAGCAACAAAAACAAAUAAUUUAAAUCAUGAUAAUGUUUCAAGAAUAAUGCAUCGUGUUGAUGGUAUUAAACUUGAUGAUAAUAAUUCACCAACAACAAGUACAACAUGUACAACAAGUAGAUAUGCAUUAAUGACACAAGGUGAUAAAUUAAAUGAAAUUAAAUUACGUAGAAGAGGCACAUCAAGUAAUUAUUUCAAUGGAAAUUCAAUUGGACAACCCUCUGUUGUAAUUCCGAAUUUGGGACUUCUGCAAGCGAGAAACCAGAAAAGUGGAUUAACACCACUUGUUGGAUCAAAAAAGGACACAAAUAAACGUCUACUUGCGCGUUCAACAACAACAACACUUGUUAAAAGAGCAACAAGAAGAGUGGCAGGAAAUUGCAAGCCAUCAUCUUGUUUUGUUAAGCCAAAAACAAUAAGUCCAUUAAUGACAAAUAAAACAUCAACAUCAACAUCAAUUAAAUCUGGUGGUAGUCCAAAAUUAAGUGGACGUGUUAGAGAUACAUUAGCUGAUAGUCGAGAUGCAUUAUUAUCAUCAAGUAAUCAUGCAAUAACACAAUCAUCAACACCAGGAAUGGUAUUGAGAUCAGCUGAUCGUGUCAGUAGAUACAACUCACUACGACAUGCGCGCACUACAAUUAGUACGAAAACAGCAUUUAUCAGAUGAUUAACCGAUAUUCUUAGUGGUGUUGGGGACGGAGAAAUGAUAACUCGUACUUCACGACAACAAAGAAAAUCACACAGAUUAAAUCCAAUCAUCCAGUGAUUCAUAUCAAUUAUCAACAACGAUGCAUACUACAAUUCACUCUAAUUAUUAAUAAUAAUAAUAAUAAUAAUAAUAGUUAGCUUUAAAAAAAAAAAACAAUGAAUUUAUUAAAACAAAAAGCUUUCUUAACUUUUAAUUGUAAUUUUUUUUUUCUUUUUUGUUUAUUAAUCUAGCAUAGCUAUAAGUAUACUAUCAAAAUGUACUAUUAUAAUAUUUUUUAUUUUAAAAAUAUUCAAAUAAUCAUUUAAUUAUCAUUAAUUCAUUUUUAAAAAAUCAAAAAAUAAUAAUUAUACAUACACAUUACUAUUAAUUUAACUAAAAAUCAUUUACAAAAACAUAUUUAAUUUAAAAAAAAGAAAAAACUGUAAAGUAGUUGUGAUAAUAAUAAAUAUUGAAUUUUUUUUUUUGCACAUUCAUCAUUGUAUAUACAACAGUGUUCAUAAAAUAUCGUUGUAAUACUCACUAAGCAAAAAAACAAUUAUUAAUUCGUUUAAAAAAAUUGUAAAACUUGAUAAUUUUUUUUUUUUCUUUUUGUUUAUAAUUAUACUCACGUGCAAACAUAAUAUCAAUAUUAUAAAAAAUUAUAAUUUAUAUUAAAUUACGUAUUAGUUCAAUAGUAAUAAUAAAAAUCAAGUAUUUACACAUAAUGAUGAAAGGAAAAAAAAAAAUACAUGUAAUAACUGUUUCUCAUUAACUGUAUUUAGAUUUUUUUUCUUAAAAAAACAUUAAUUGUAAAAAAAAAAUAUAUAUAUAUAGAAAAUAAGCACAGAGUAUAAAAAUAAAAAAAAAGCACACUUUUACAAAUUUAGAUAUUAAAAAUGUCUAGAUAAAACAUGUUAAAUUGGUACUACAUAAUAAAAUAUAUAUAUGAUUGAUAAAAAUAGUAAUAAUUUCUGUUAACAUUUUGUUAAUUUAUAUAUCUAUACAUUUAUAAAAAUAAAAUACUAAAAAGACAAAUAAAAAAAAAUAAAUAAAUAUGAUUUAUGUUUAUUAUUAUUUAAUAUUUCACAACUGUACAAAAAUGAAAUAAACAAAUAAAUGUUUCGGUAUGAAAAAAUUUGUAAUAAAUAUUUUAUAAAAAAAUAUAAAAAU